AUGGAUCACAGAGGUGUUAACAAAGAGCUGAAUCUGAAACUGAGCUCAUUCAUUUGUGAAGAAGAAACUGGGAAAGAAAUGCAGAAAGCCACACAAGAGAAUACACAGACACAGAGCCAAAGCCUAAAGAAGGGUGAAGCUCAGGAUUUGGAACCUCCUGGGACUCCUGUCCAGGUUGUAUGUGAGGUGGAUACCUCUCAGAAAAGAGACAAGGGCAGUCCCGAUCUGAUUCCACACACUCCAAAGUCAGAUCUUCCCACAUUUCCUAUGACACCACCACGACCAGACAACAAAAGAAAGCUGCUGUUGUGUGAUAACUUGUCUACUCCCAGAAAACAGAGGAACAAGCUAGCAUUUUAUGCAAGAGAAAAUGUUCCUUCCUCAAGCUCUAAAUAUUUGAAGAUCACAACUACUCCACUCAACAAUGAGGUAACCUCAAUGGAUUUGGUGAAUAUAAAUCCAUUUACCCCACAGUCCUUCAGAAAACGAUUACUUCAAUCAACAAGCAAGAGGAAAUACUGUAAUCCUGAAGAAAUUGAAGCAGAGAAAGACAAAAAAGAAAGGCUGCUUCCAAUGAAAAGUAUCCUACAACAAAUCAACAUGGCUUCUCGGUAUGAAACAGAAUUUUUUGAAAUAGAAAAAAUUGGAGUUGGGGCAUUUGGUACAGUCUACAAGUGCAUUAAGAAGUUGGAUGGAUGUGUUUAUGCAAUCAAGUGCUCCAAAAAAACUUUUUCAGAUGUAUCAAGUGAAAAUUUGGAUUUGCAUGAAGUUUAUGCUCAUGCAGUUCUUGGGCAUCACCCCAAUGUUGUACGUUACUAUUCCUCAUGGACAGAAGGUGAUUAUGUGAUCAUUCAAAAUGAAUACUGCAAUGGUGGGAGCUUGCAGGUUGCUGUAUCUCAAAACACUAAGUCUGGUAGUCAUUUCCAAGAAUCAAACCUCAAAGAUAUACUCCAUCAGAUUUCUCUGGGGCUCAAGUACAUCCACAGUGCUGGCAUGGUGCACCUUGAUAUAAAGCCUAGUAACAUCUUCAUUUGUCAUAACAUGCAAAAUGUUUCAUUUGAAGGACCAGAAGAGGUUGAAAAUGAAGAUGAUUGGUUUCUCUCUGCCAGUGUGAUAUAUAAAAUUGGUGACUUGGGCCAUGUGACCUCAAUAAGAAAACCCAAAGUAGAAGAAGGAGAUAGUUGCUUUCUGGCUAAUGAGAUUUUACAAGAGAAUUAUGAACACCUUCCCAAAGCAGAUAUAUUUGCUUUAGGAUUAACAAUUGCAGCAGCUGCUGGAGCAUCAUUACCUGCUGCUGGUGAUGAGUGGUAUCACAUCCGCAAGGGUAACAUUCCCUACAUUCCUCAGGAACUCUCAGAUGAUUUUUGCAAUUUGCUAAAGAAAAUGAUCCACACUGAUCCACAGGAGAGACCAUCUGCCACAGCUCUCUCCAGAAGUCAAGUUCUCUGGCCAUUAUUUGCUGAAACAGCGGAGCUCCAGCAGCAGCUCAACUUGGAAAAGUCUAAGAUAGCCACACUAGAAAAGAAACUCAGAGAAGCGCAGCAGACACAGUUCCCCCAAGAUGAUUCUGAGGACUGGGGACCACAAAAGAACAAGAAGCAGAAAACAUCUACUGGGGAGGAGGACUUUACUGGUGAGGAAUCUUUCACAUAA